AAUUUGCUUAUAGAAUAGAAAAACUUCACUAACAAUAUAUCAAAUACUGCUUUUAAAAAAAUAUCUAAUUUACAAACAAAACCCACCAAAGUAGCAUCGCAGAAAAUCAAAAGCGUAUUAAAAAUUAUAAUGGAAGAUAUAUUCCUACGAAACAUUGGAAAAAACCAAGUACUGUAAAAAGAUUUUGCCAUCAUUUUCAGGUUAUCUCUUCCUACUUUUAUGUCCUUGUCAUCUUGUCAGCCACGCAGCACCCUUUCGGCCAUCUCACACACUCGGGCCUUAUCCCUCUACCAACUACAUAUAUAUAAGAGCCAGCUUAAUCUGACAAUUCUCAGGAUCAGGCACCAAGUAAGGAUAUUCUUAGGUAUGGAUUGCGAAGGGAUAGAGGGAGAUGGGAUGAGAACUAGGAGCUUUCGCAAUGAAGACUACAAUAACAGAAGAGCGUUUUUGCGGAGCUAUCCUCUUCACUGGGGUGAAGAUGAUGAAGAAAACAAUGAAGAAACAGUGACUGUCACCAAAGAAAGCAACAGUGGAAAGAAACCUAUCAAGAAGAUUAUCAUAUCUGCAUUUCAUUGGAGUGGCGAAAAGGUAGUGAUUUUGAGGAGAUUCAAGGAUAAACUCACUGUUUAUGUCAUUGCUUGUAUUCCUAUCCGCUUUAAGUAACCUGCUGCACUGAUUUCAAUUU